AUGAAAUCAGCAAUUCACGUUUGUGUUAGAGUGAAACCUGCUGAGAAUAAUCGUGAAUACUGGCGUAUUGGUGAUGAUAAUAAGUCAAUAUCAUGUGAUAAAAUGCCAGAUGCAAAAUGUUUCGACUACGUUUUUUCUCCCUCGUCUGAAUCAGCCGAUAUUUAUAAUAAACUAGCAAAGCAAAUAAUAUUAAAUUCAUUUAACGGCAUCAAUGGAACAAUUUUAGCAUAUGGACAGACAGGAUCAGGCAAAACCUUUACAAUGACAGGAAAUUCAGAGCAUCCUGGAAUAAUCGUACAUGCUGUUAAUGACAUUUUUGCCCUUAUAAAAGAGAAGUCAAGCAAAUAUAAUAUUAGCGUUUAUUUCUCUUUUUAUGAAAUUUAUUGCGAAAAAUAUCGCGAUUUACUAGUAGAUGAUUCAGAAUCCAACUCAAGGCAAUCGUUCAUUACUAUUAAAGCAACUAAUGCAGCUGAAAUACUAAAAUUGUUACAAGAAGGUAACGAACGCAGAUCUAUCGGAGCUACAAAAAUGAAUAAUCAGAGCAGUAGAUCGCAUUCUCUUGCCAAAAUUUGCCUUAAUAUACAGCCAAUAGCACCUGGUGAGCACACUUUAACAUCAGAAUUAUUUUUAGUUGAUUUAGCCGGUUCUGAAUGUAUUUCAGACACAGAGGCUACCGGAAAUAGAAAAAUAGAAGCCAAGAACAUCAAUAUCUCUCUAUUAUCUCUUUCAACGGUUGUUGAUGCUUUAGUUCAUAAUAGAGCUGUUUCAUACGCUUCAUCAAAGUUGACAAAAGACCUUAAAAAUUCUAUUGGAGGAAAUUCUAAAACAGCAAUUAUAUGCACAAUAAGUGGUGAUGCACAGCAGAGAUAUGUUUCAGAAAAUACACUAAGAUUUGCAAGUAAUGCAAUGAAAGUUAAAAAUACACCAAAAUCAAACAAAAUUGUUUCGGAUAAAGUAUUAAUUGAUCAAUUAAAGAAUGAAAUUAUAUCGUUGCAGGCAAAACUUUCGAAAUAUGAAAAUGAAAUUCCAGGAAAACAUAUCCAAGAAAUUCAGGAAUCAAGAAACCGCAUUGAAGAGAUCACAACUACUAUCUUUGAUGAAAGCAGAAAAUCAUAUUCCCGUCUUGCCGCUCCUAGAAAGUCAUACACUGCAAACAUUAAUUUGGAUUUAUUAGACUCGCAAUCCGAUGAUGAUAACAGCGUUACAAGCGAAAUUGAAGCUGAUAGACUAUGCCAAGAAUUAUCCAAUAAAGUCCUAAAGGAGAGUAAAACAGAAAUAAUUAAUAUGGAUAAAAUUGAAAUUGAAAGCUUAAAAGAGAAAAAUGAGAAAUUGGCUAAGGAAAUGGAAGAAAAGGUCAAUUCUCUGAAUGUUGAUAUUGAUAAUGCAAUGAAAGAAUUGCAAGAAAUUCGAACCCAAUAUUCAUUGUUAAAUGAAUCAAGUUUACUUAGGGAGAAGGAAAAUAAUGAAAAAAUUAAGAUUUUAGAAGAAAAUAUUCAAAUGUUGACUCUAAAAAAUGCCGAAUUACAAAAAUUAAAUGCUGAAUAUACAAAAGAGAAAGAAGAAAUCAUGAAAAUGAAAACAGAAAGCCAGGAAGAAAAGCAACAAGCUGAUUGGGAAGUCUCUUAUUAUAUUAAAGCACUUACAGAUUUGCAAAUGGAAAAUGAUAAUCUUCAAAAGCAGUUAAUUAAACCAGCCUAUGCAGAAAAGGAAAUACAGGCAACUCGCUUAAAGAGGGAUCUGAAAAAAGAGAAUAAUCCCCUUAUUCAGAACAUCAAUGAGAAUAAACUUGCAAAUAAAUUGCUUGAUAUUCUUGAAACAGAAUCAGAAACAAAGAUAGAAGAAUACAAUGAAUAUGACCAUGUAGACAAUAUUAUUAUUCCGGAAAUAAAUAAGGAAUAUUAUUCAAGGAAAAACUACUACAUCCCAAGAGAGAAUUAUUAUGUGAAAAUGUUCUUUCACACUUUAACCCUUAUAUUAACAUUUGUUUUAUGUGUUUGUGUUAUAGUUUUAUAA